AUGGACUUCAAUCUGAAGCAAUGGAGAGACCAGCAGCAUGAGUCAGAAGAACAACAACAACGACAAACUUCUGCAAAACUACCAAGACUUCUCCUUAACUCUCAUCCUCAGCAACCACCUGGUCCUGCUGUCCCAUUGCUCGUACCUAAUCCUUCCGGCAACUACUCUUCUGAUUCAACCACACGCUCUGCCAACAAACCUCCAUGGAUGGGAAGUUACUUCAGCUUGGCCCAGUGGCAAGAUCUUGAACUGCAGGCAUUGAUCUUCAAACAUAUGAUAGCUGGUUCUGCUGUUCCGUCUGAGCUACUCCAUCUUGUCAUCAAAAGCUUCAUCAAUUCUCCUCCUCCUCCAUAUCACCAUCCUCUUCAUCACUACUAUCCCCAUUAUCAGCCAGCGCUGCAACCAGGGUACUGGGGAAAAGGGGCCAUGGAUCCGGAGCCGGGCAGAUGUAGGAGGACUGACGGCAAGAAAUGGCGGUGCUCGAGGGAUGUAGUUGCCGGGCAGAAGUAUUGCGACCGCCACGUCCACAGAAGCCGCAACCGUUCAAGAAAGCCUGCGGAAAUCCCCACGUCCACCACCACUCCUUGCAGCAGCAAAGCAGGCAGCAAUGGUUGUGUAGAAGUCCUCGAGACCCCUAACGCGGUUUCUAGGGCAGCAACAGGUGGUGGCGGCGCUAUGCCUUUUUCUCUUUCUGAGCCUUCACCUUCCGUGGAUCUUCUUCACUUUAAUCAAAGGCCUUCAGAAUCCAUAAUUGAGACAAAGGGUCCAUUCAAAGCCCAAGACAACGGUGAACCCGGUGGCCAAACCCUUCGUCAUUUCUUUGAUGAUUGGCCUAGAUCACUUCAAGAAACUUACAAUGCCACCAGCUCCGUGGCUUCAGCUACCAACUUGUCGAUUUCAAUGGGGAUGGGAAACCCGUCAUCAGAUUUCUCAUUGAAACUCAGUACUGGAGACGACUCUGGACCUCGAGUUAUUAAUGGCCAGAGGGAUAGGAUUCAAUUGAAUUGGGCUGCACCGUGGGGGACUAAUCAGGCGGCUCCAAUGGGCGGACCACUUGCUGAGGCACUGAGAUCAUCAACAUCCAAUUCACCCUUGCAUCAAUUGCCGCCACGUGCCUCGGCUUCGGUGGCCUCUAGCCAUGUUGGCACCUGA